CAUAUUUGAUUCUGGGUGGAGAGAGAAAGAGAUGGGGAGAGAGAGAGAGAGAAAGAGAGAGGAGGAGACACGCGCGCUGUCUUCUUGUCUCUUGUGAGGAUUUUCGCAAGACCUAAAGACGUAUCGCCGCCGAAGCUCGCUUUCUUUCUCUCAAACGUAAUAAGCGGCACCUGCUACGAGAGAAGAGGGAAAAAUACAAAAAGAAAAGCCCGGGCGAAGUGCGCGAUGGGAGGACGUCACGGAUAUCUCACCUGACAUCGAUUCUCUGCAACGUUUUUUCUCCGAGCGUUAUCAUUCCGAACGAAAACUUUUUUUUUUUGCCGCCUUAAUUUUUAAACAAAAUCUAAAAUCCGUUAAAACUCAGUCGAGAUGGUUUCGCGGCGGCGGUAUGACAUCAGCGUUGACCGGACGCGUUUUAGUCGAAUAUCGCUGCACUUUAACGCGUUUUGCGCGCGAUUGAUUUAAGGACAAAUCGUGCAAAGGUGCCGCGCGCGUUUUACUUUGCUCCGCUGCGUUUUUUCUUCGUUUAAAGAUAUAAUGCAGAACAUCUAAGCAACAAGCGGCGCCAUACGAUGCGCACUUUCCCAAGGAACAACGCAUCGUUAUUGCGCGGCGUUUUUGGAGAAACCCUCAGCGCGUUCCCACACCAACCUUACUUUGAAAGGCUCUAUGGCCGUCGCUGAGAUCGAAUCUGUUUUCGUUUACCUGUAAAUACCGCGAAAAGUGCCUUUUUUUGGUCUCUUUCCCAACGACAAGGAAACAUGGCUCGCUUUCCAUGGCGGGUAUUUUGGAUAAUUCAAGCGCUCGUGGAUGUGACACUUUCGCAGGAAAUCUACGCUCCUCAUUCCAUCAGGAUUGAGGGGGACGUGACCCUGGGUGGCAUUUUCCCCGUCCAUGCCCGCGGGGUCUCCGGGGAACCGUGUGGAGAUAUCAAGAAGGAGAACGGGAUACACCGGCUGGAGGCGAUGCUUUAUGCAUUGGACCAGAUCAACAGCGACGACGAGCUUUUGCCCAACAUCACUUUAGGCGCUCGGGUUUUAGACACAUGCUCGCGAGACACGUACGCGCUGGAGCAGUCGCUUACUUUCGUGCAGGCUCUCAUUCAGAAAGACACGUCGGAUGUGAGGUGCACGAACGGAGAGCCCCCGGUGUUCGUCAAACCCGAGAAGGUGGUCGGAGUCAUAGGGGCUUCGGCGAGUUCGGUGUCCAUCAUGGUCGCAAAUAUACUGCGACUGUUCCAGAUUCCGCAGAUCAGCUACGCCUCCACCGCUCCGGAGCUGAGUGACGACCGCAGGUACGAUUUCUUCUCUCGCGUCGUACCUCCCGACUCCUUCCAGGCGCAAGCCAUGGUGGACAUAGUGAAACUGAUGGGGUGGAACUACGUGUCUACAGUGGCCUCAGAGGGAAGCUACGGCGAGAAAGGAGUCGAGGCCUUCAUGCAGAUUUCCCGAGAAGCGGGUGGAAUCUGCAUCGCUCAGUCCCUGAAGAUCCCUCACGACCACAAGCAGGCUGAUUUUGACAAGAUCAUCCGACAGCUGCUGGAGACCCGUCAUGCCCGGGCGGUCAUUAUUUUUGCUUACGACGAAGACAUCCGGGGGAUCCUCAACGCCAGUAAAAGAGCCGAUCAAGUGGGCCAUUUCCUGUGGAUCGGCUCGGACAGCUGGGGAGCCAAGAACAGCCCUAUUCAAGGCCUGGAGGACGCCGCCAUCGGGGCCGUCACCAUCCUGCCAAAAAGAGCCACUAUUGAUGGGUUCGACACCUACUUUACUUCACGAACACUGGAAAACAACAGAAGGAACGUCUGGUUCGCUGAGUUCUGGGAGGAGAACUUCAACUGCAAGCUUAUGAGUUCCUCCAAGAAAGAAGACACGAGCAGAAAGUGCACAGGGCAAGAGCGAAUAGGAACAGACUCCAAAUACGAGCAGGAAGGGAAGGUGCAGUUUGUGAUAGACGCGGUGUACGCCAUGGCUCACGCCCUGCACAACAUGCAGAAGGACCUUUGUCCCGACCAGUCGGGCAUUUGUGGGGAGAUGGAGCACGCCGGUGGCAAGAAGCUCCUCAAGUACAUUCGAUCAGUCAGCUUCAACGGGAGCGCCGGGACGUCCGUCACGUUUAACCGGAACGGCGACGCACCGGGACGCUACGAUCUCUUCCAGUACCAGAUGAACAUCAACAACACCCCUGGAUAUAAAGUCAUUGGCCAGUGGACAGAAAGUCUCCAGCUGCACAUCAAUGAGAUGCAGUGGCCCAACGGCGAGAUGGAAAUACCCAGCUCGGUCUGCAGUCUGCCCUGUAAGACGGGUCAACGUAAGAAGAUGGUGAAGGGCAUGCCGUGCUGCUGGCACUGCGAGCCCUGCGACGGCUACCAGUACCAGUACGACGAGACGUCCUGCAAGCUCUGCGCUUACAACAUGCGUCCCAACGGCAACCGGACAGGCUGUCAGCCCAUCCCGAUCGUCAAGCUGGAGUGGCAUUCGCCUUGGGCCGUCAUCCCCGUCUUCUUGGCUAUGCUCGGCAUCAUCGCCACCAUCUUCGUCAUGGCCACGUUCAUCCGCUACGACGACACCCCGAUCGUCCGGGCGUCCGGGAGAGAGCUCAGCUACGUUCUGCUGACGGGGAUAUUCCUGUGUUAUAUAAUCACGUUCGUAAUGAUCGCCACCCCGGACGUCGCCGUCUGCUCCUUCCGACGAAUCUUCCUCGGCUUGGGAAUGUGCAUCAGCUACGCCGCGCUCCUCACCAAAACCAAUCGAAUUUACCGCAUCUUCGAGGAAGGGAAGAAGUCGGUCACCCCGCCUAAACUGAUCAGCCCGACGUCCCAGUUAGCCAUCACGUCCAGCCUCAUCUCGGUCCAGCUCUUAGGGGUCCUCAUAUGGUUCGGAGUGGACCCUCCGAACACUAUAAUCGAUUACGACGAGCAGAAGACCAUAAACCCCGACAAGGCCCGAGGGGUUCUCAAAUGUGACAUUACGGACCUACAAAUCAUUUGCUCUCUAGGAUACAGCAUCUUGCUGAUGGUAACAUGUACGGUUUACGCCAUCAAGACGCGAGGCGUUCCGGAGAACUUCAACGAAGCCAAACCCAUCGGCUUCACCAUGUACACCACCUGCAUUGUGUGGCUCGCCUUCAUUCCCAUUUUCUUCGGGACGGCACAGUCUGCAGAAAAGCUCUACAUCCAGACCACCACGCUGACCAUCUCCAUGAAUCUGAGCGCGUCCGUGGCUCUGGGAAUGCUCUACAUGCCCAAGGUCUACGUCAUCAUCUUCCACCCGGAGCUCAACGUGCAGAAACGCAAGCGCAGCUUCAAGGCCGUGGUGACGGCGGCCACCAUGUCCUCGCGUCUGUCGCACAAACCCAGCGACCGGCCGAACGGAGAGGCCAAAACCGAACUGUGCGAAAAUGUGGAUCCAAACAGCUAAUUCUCAUAAUUUAUCAGGUCCGGCCGCUAAGAAGAAAUACGUGAGCUACAAUGA